AUGGGGCAGAACCAAUCAGCUCCUGGAGGCCCUGGGGGUUCAGACAAAAAGAAGGAUGGACAGGAAAAGAAGAAGAAGUGGGAGCCCCCUGCGCCCCCACCACGCGUGGGCAAGAAGCAGAAAAAGCGCGACGCGGCAGCCUCCCUCGGCACCAAGCUGCCGACGGUAACGCCCAGCACGCGCUGCAAGCUGCGGCUGCUUAAGCUGGAGCGCAUCAAAGACUACCUGCUGAUGGAGCACGAGUUUGUGCAGAACCAGGAGCGCCUCAAGCCGCAAGACGAGCGCAAUGAGGAGGAUCGGUCAAAGGCGAGUGCCGCACGGCUUGAACAAGGGGUCGCGCAGGCUCAUGGUGCAGCGGUGGAUGACCUGCGCGGAUCUCCCCUCAGCGUUGGGUCCUUGGAGGAAAUCAUUGAUGAGAACCAUGCCAUCGUGUCGAGUGCCGUGGGCCCCGAGUACUACGUCACCAUCCUGUCGUUCGUGGACAAGACACAGCUGGAGCCCGGCUGCAGCGUGCUGCUCCACAACAAGGUGAUGUCUGUGGUGGGCAUUCUGCAGGACGAGACCGACCCCAUGGUGUCAGUCAUGAAGGUGGACAAGGCACCCACCGAGUCUUACGCGGACGUGGGUGGCCUUGAGAACCAGAUCACUGAGAUCAAGGAGGCCGUGGAGCUGCCCCUCACACACCCAGAGCUGUACGAGGACAUCGGCAUCAAGCCACCCAAGGGUGUCAUUCUGUACGGGGAGCCCGGCACCGGCAAGACGCUGCUGGCCAAGGCUGUGGCCAACAGCACCAGCGCCACCUUCCUGCGCGUGGUGGGCUCGGAGCUCAUCCAGAAGUACCUGGGGGACGGCCCCAAGCUGGUGCGUGAGCUGUUCCGUGUGGCGGACGAGAUGGCCCCCAGCAUCGUCUUUAUAGAUGAGAUCGAUGCCAUUGGCACCAAGCGCUACGACAGCCACAGCGGGGGGGAGCGCGAGAUUCAGCGAACCAUGCUUGAGCUCCUCAACCAGAUGGACGGGUUUGACGCGAUGAGCGAGGUCAAGGUCAUCAUGGCCACAAACAGGAUUGAGACCCUGGACCCGGCUCUGAUCCGCCCCGGCCGCAUUGACCGCAAGAUUGAGUUCCCACUGCCUGAUGCCAAGACCAAGCGCCGCAUCUUCUCCAUCCACACAAGCCGCAUGACGCUGUCGGAGGAUGUCAACUUGGAGGAGUUUGUCAUGGCCAAGGAUGAGCUGAGCGGCGCCGACAUCAAGGCGGUGUGCACAGAGGCCGGCCUGCUCGCGCUACGGGAGCGGAGGAUGCGCGUGACGCAGGCGGACUUCCGCAAGGCCAAAGAGAAGGUGCUCUACAAGAAGAAGGAGGGCGUGCCGGAGGGACUUUACAUGUGA